AUGCCCCCUUUGCAGGUGGCUUUUGUCCGACCGAAGGAAGAGAUGUUUAAGUUUUUAGGAAUCAACUUGUCGGCUAGAGAUAAAGAUUUUUCUACAAAAACUUUGUUCAAGUCUCGUGAGGAAUUAUUGGAGUGGACACAAAACACCGCACGUUCUUUAGGAUAUGUCAUUGUUACUAGAAGAUCAAAGGCAUAUGGGAACAGCUUCGCGCAUACAGUCAUACUUAUAUGUGAUUGUGGUAGAGAGUAUAAACCUAAAGAGUAUACAAGUAGAACAUCUGGAAGCAAAAAGACUAAUUGUCAAUUUCAAUUGGAAGGAAAGUAUUCAAAAGAACAUGAUAAAUGGACGCUAAGGGUAAUAUGUGAUGAACAUAAUCAUCCACCGACACAACAUAUGGAGGGUCAUCCAUUUGCAAGACGGUUAUCUGUCGAUGAGACUCGUUUGGUGGCUAAUUUAAGAAGAAAGAACAUGGCGCCACGUGACAUCCUGUCAGCAUUGAAGGCUCAAAACGAAAACAAUGUGUCGACAAUUAAAACAAUAUACAAUGCACAACAAAAGAUUCGGAUGCACGAGCAAGCAGGAAGAAUUCCAAUGCAGAUAUGGCGUGCAUUUCCACAUGUGUUGAUAAUAGAUGCCACGUACAAAACCAACAAAUAUAAUAAGCCGUUGGUUCAAAUUGUUGGUGUUACAUCAACUCAAAAGGCAUUCUCUGUAGGCUUUGCCUUUAUACAUAGAGAAAAGGAGGCCAACUAUACUUGGGUGUUAAAUUGUCUAAAUUCGACGCUUGAUACGUGUAUGCACCCACAUGUAAUAAUCACAGACAGAGAGUUGGCACUCAUCAAGGCAUGUGAAACAAUUUUUCUGGAUGUUGCCCGAUUACUUUGUAGAUGGCAUAUUGAACAAAACAUUUUAAAGCAUUGCAAUAAAAUUAUCACGUUGGAAGAUGAUCGACGCUCUUUUAGAUCAUUAUGGAACUUACUAAUUGAGUCUCCAACAUUGAUGGAUUACACGAAAAACUACAUGCGACUUCAAUCAAUGUUGAUAAAAUAUCCAUGUGUUUUGAAAUACAUAGAAGAUACUUGGUUGAACAAGUACAAAGAAAUGUUAGUAUCUGUUUGGAUUGAUCAACAUCUUAAUUUUGGAAACAACACAACCAAUAGAGUCGAGAGUGCACAUGCCAAUUUAAAGAGAUUUUUGGACUCUGCAAGUUCUAAUCUCGAUAGAUUUAUGCAACGAAUUAAUGAAAUUGUGCAGUCACAACUCACUUCAAUCAAUGAAAGCUUUGAAAAAAGCUUAAUUUUCCGAUAUAAGCAUCACAAUUCGUACUGCUUCGGGUUACUAAGAGGUUCUGUUUCGAACGAAGCUCUUGAUAUAAUAGUAGGAGAGCUCCAAAGGUUAAAUUUGUCAAAGUUAGACUCCUCAAAUUGUGGUUGCAAACUCCGUACCAGUUGUGGGUUACCAUGUGCUUGCAUGCUUUCUGUUUACUUAAACUCAGGUGAAGAAAUACCCUUGGAUUUAAUACAUAUCUUUUGGAGAAAGCUUAGUAUUUCUGAUACGAAGCCUGAAAAAAAAAGGCAAUAUUCGUUGUGA